GCGGGCGCAGACCGGUGCUGUAGCCGAAACCGCUUCUGACCGCUUCACCCCGCGAGCCGUCGUGGCCGCGGUCGCUACCUCCCGCUGUCACUAAUCGCGAACACCGGUAUCAGAGUGCAGCGCGCGCCCCGCCCGGCCGGCCGUCGGUGCAACACCACAGCUCGGUGCAGCGGUGCACUGUGUAGGGCCUUCGGCUGGUGUUUGGCAACAUGUCGUCGACGCGCUUCACGGUCAACGGCGAGCAGGUGCGCAUCCCGGACGUGCCGGAGAACGGCGUCCUGGAGAUGCGCCGGCACGACACGGCGCCCACCCUGGGCGUGAGCGUGGACGGCGACCUGGACCUGUUCACGGCCGCGUCCACCACCUGCCUGUACGACCUGGGCCGGCAGCGCCAGCAGCAGCGGCGCCGCUCCCUCGUGCAGCUCACGCGCGAGGCCCUUCCCCGCGUCGACAACUACAGGAUCCACGCCAAGAAGAGGCCCUCCCUCGGCGACCUACAUGACUACCACGGUCAGGGGGUGAGUGAUAUCCUCUUAUCGGUUGGAAAGAAAAUUGAAUUUGUGUUCGGUUUAGUGU